UUAUUGGGAUUUUUUUUUCGGUAAUCUCCUUCAUAUAUUUACUCAAAUUUCUUAAUCAACUUUCUCUCAUUACUUAUAUGGGUUCGUCCCUAUCUACAUAAUCGUUUCAAAAACGUCCCACGUGAAUCACUAAAUAGCUGAUAAUUUUCAAGACCUUUGAUAGCUUACAUCGUGAAAGAGCUAGUUUUUCCUGGUGGGUUUUCCUUGGUUUGUCAUAUGAUGGCUUCGUCACUGCUGAGUGGAGCUGAAAGCAAACUUAUUACAGGUUUUGGGUCGGAACUCCAUUUUAGGCCGUUGCCCAAAAAGGGUCUUGCUUAUUAUCCAAAAAGAUGGUAUAUUUCAACUUUGGCACCAAAAUGCAGUUUAUCUUCAUCAAGGCCAGUUUCUCAACCCAGGUUUAUUCAACACAAGCAAGAGGCUUUUUGGUUCUAUAGAUUCUUGUCAAUUGUUUAUGAUCAUAUUAUAAAUCCAGGGCAUUGGACUGAGGACAUGAGGGACGAGGCACUUGAGCCUGCUGAUUUGUUUAGUAGACAUUUGACUGUGGUUGAUGUUGGGGGCGGUACAGGGUUUACUACUCUUGGGAUUGUUAAACAUGUUGAUGCUAAAAAUGUGACCAUUCUGGAUCAGUCACCGCAUCAACUUGCUAAGGCUAAGGAGAAGGAACCUUUGAAAGACUGCAAGAUUAUUGAAGGUGAUGCUGAAGAUAUCCCUUUUCCUACUGAUUAUGCUGAUAGAUACAUCUCUGCUGGAAGUAUCGAGUAUUGGCCAGAUCCACAGCGUGGUAUUAGGGAAGCAUAUAGGGUACUCAAGAUAGGAGGCAAAGCCUGCAUAAUAGGACCUGUUUAUCCAACAUUUUGGCUGUCUCGAUUUUUUGCGGAUGUGUGGAUGCUAUUUCCCAAGGAAGAAGAGUACAUUGAGUGGUUUCAAAAGGCUGGUUUUAAAGACGUCAAGUUAAAGAGAAUUGGUCCAAAAUGGUAUCGUGGUGUCCGCCGUCAUGGCUUGAUCAUGGGUUGCUCUGUUACUGGUGUUAAACCUAUGUCCGGAGAUUCUCCAUUGCAGCUUGGUCCUAAGGUGGAGGAUGUGAAGAAGCCUGUGAAUCCAUUUGUGUUUCUCACACGUUUCAUUCUUGGAGCAUUGGCAGCAACUUAUUAUGUGCUUAUUCCAAUAUACAUGUGGAUUAAGGAUAAAAUUGUACCCAAAGGUAUGCCCAUUUGAGGGUAUAGAAGAAGAGAGAGACGGAGAAACAAACUAGAUGCUUAGACGUUUUCGCGGGAUAGCAGCAGCAUUAUCACGACUAUGCAGAAAUAGCAUUUUUAAGUACAUGUUAAAUAAGUUGACUUACUGGAAGACAUUUAGUGUUGCCUAGGAUUUAACAAGUAGUUUAAGAAAUUUUUUUUUUUGCCCCUGGGGUUUGGGGAAAGUACCUUGUUAGUGGAACUGCGAAACCCUGCUAUGAAUUUUGUGAGCUACUGGUAUCACAAUUCUGUAAUCUUUAGUAGAAAUGUUCGAAGUUUCUUAUGGUCUACCUCAUGUUCUAAUUUUCUCUA